AUGAAACGGUUAACAGAAGAGAGAACGAAACUUGUUUUAGAAAAAUUAACAAAGUAGUAAGUUCCAAAAGUCAGUUUCUCGAAAACUGUUUAUUCAUUGUUCAUUCGUUUGAUCGUGAAUAAUUUUUUAACGUACAUACACUUAACAGCCGACCUAUUAAAAACUUAUUCGCAGCAUUGGAACCAACGUGAAAUUAUUACUCGAUCGACCAGAUGGUGUCUAUUGUUUUCGAGAGAGAAAAGGCAGAGUAUAUUAUGUUUCUGAAAAGAUUUUAUUAUUAGCAAGUAUGGUAAAUCCAGAAAAAUUAACAAGUAUCGGAACAUGUUUUGGGAAAUUUACAAAAUCUGGAAAAUUUAGACUACAUAUUACCGCGUUAUAUCACUUGGCUCCUUACGUGCAACAUAAAAUUUGGGUGAAACCAUCAGCCGAACAACAGUUUCUCUAUGGACAUCAUAUUUCCAAGUCUGGUUUAAGUCGAAUUACAGAAAAUACUCCUCAAUAUCAAGGAGUUGUUAUUUUUUCCACAAACAAUAUUCCACUG